GCGCACUCAAGAAUUCUCUUCUCUUUUUAGGGAGCAGCAAGUACAUGCAGUUUACAAGAGACCCUCCACCACACAACACACCACUUCAUUUGCCAGUUUGGCAGACGGCAGACUAUCCGCCAAACCAAAAAAGACUGAUCAAUAAAGCACACAAUUUCAAACUCUGCCUGACUGCAAACGAAUACCAGUCUCAACACAUACCUACUAGCAAUAACCAUGUCCUCGUUUCUCGCCGAUCAAGCCAAGCAACGCCGGGGUAAGUGGACUCCUGAAGAAGAGCUGUAUGCAGCUAGCUUGAUGGAAGCUUUCAAGGAUGGAUCGAUUCUCGAAGACGUGGAAGAAGGCAUGAGCCUCAGGGGUUAUCUGGCCAUGAAGCUGCGAACUGGUGUCAAGAGGAUCAGCAAGAAGUACGAAGGCACCAACUAUGAAGGAAAGCGCAUCUACUUGCACAAACCUGAAGCUGACCUCAGAGCCAACAUUUCCGCGGCAGAGAUCGAAGCCCGUGAAGCUGCGAAAGCCAAGUUGAAGGAACUCGAACGAAAGUUUGAAGAGUCUGUCAAGAUGCUAGAAGAUGCCAUUGCUGCAAAGCCGUCCUCCAAGCUCAUCAGUAGCAGUGUCACUCGCCAGACCAUGUGCACUGGGCCCUCCAAGACCACUCCCACCACCAGGAAGCAGAUCUCAAGCUUGAAUGACCACCGAGAUACCUGCAGUACCGCAGCUGGUGCCACUGCACGUGCGGGUCUUUGGACUCCUGCUGCCAAGGCCAAGACCCGUGCUGGUAGUUUCAUUCUGCCUUCCAGCAAUACCGGUACCAUCCCCUCAAGCUAUGUCUCCUCCAAGGUCAUUCAAGAUAACAUGCGGAUUCUGGCUCUUCAAGCACAGGCACAGGCACAGGCACACAAGCAGGCUCAUCCCGCAACUGUUGCCAGCGACCGAAUGGCGGCCGUAUUUGGACAACCUUCCUUCAGAAAAUCCACGUCGGCUGAUUUGCUCUUGGCCACUCUCCGUCAUAACCAACAGCAGCAACAGCUCCAGCAAGAACAUAACAAGGCGACUCUCUACCUCGCUGCCUUGGCUUCUACUUCCUCCAACAGUCUGACCAGUGCGGCUGAGCAACCUGUCAUCUCUCGCGCUUCUUCGGCGGAAUUCAUGGCUGCUGCUGCUGGCAACCUAUGGAACUCGAGACCUGCCAAAAGGACUUCCGUUUCCUCCGUUCUCUUCGCCCCUACCGGUAGUGUGCGUCCGACUCCUCUUGAUGCCCCCCUUCCACCCAACAAGAGGGCCAGGUUCUUCUAAAUCGAGUGACAAUCGUUCCAAGACGAUUCGAUUCUCAAGUCAGGCUACGGCAAAGCCUUUGGCUGCUCAUCACGAUGAGCCCACAAACAUGCCCAAUUUUGUCCAUGUAAAAAGAUACAGUACAAACAAGUCCUCGAUACCCACGUUGCAGAUGGUUCGUACGAGCUUAGAACGUAGAGUGGGAAUGCACAUUUUAAUUAAUUAAUAAGAAAGAA